AUCCUGAACGAAAAAAAAAUGUGGUGGUCGAUGCCAUUGAUGCUCUCCUUGAGCUGGUGCGUCAUUGAUGCUCUCUUCACUCCUGAGCCGUUUCUGCUUGGCCAUUCAACUCGAGCUAGGGGUGGUAAUGAGCAAUGCAGGCCGGACCUGCACUGCACUUGAGCCGUUGAGCGCGGCGCUCCGCGACCUCCGUCCCGUGCGCGCCGCCGACCCCACCGACUCGGCCGGCGAGUCCAGCCGGAGCCGAUCCGAUCCAGGCAGCCGCUGCUGGGUUCAAGGCAACGAUGGACGCGCUCAUGGCGAACUACGCGUCCGACUCCGACUCCGACGGCGGCGAGCCGGCGGCCGUCCCCGCCGGCGCCCCGGAGGUUCCGGAACCUUCGGCCCUGCUCCCUCCGCCUCCCCCCGAACUCCUCCAGCCCCCCAACUUCGUAGAUUACUCAGCGAUGGCGCAAGGGAGUCGCGUCCGGAGCUUCCCACAUGUGGAAGGCAACUACGCGCUACAUGUCUAUAUCCCUGUUGUUAUACCUUCUGAUGCAAAGAAACAGCUGGCCUUUGCUAUGAAAAGAGCUGCAUCUCUUGUGCCAGAUCUUUAUGCUGUUGAUGCAGACUAUGCACUUUCUGAGUUGUGCAAAGAUGAACAUAAGCUUGAGAAAGUGCUUCUGAGCAGGGAGUUUCAUGUAAGCUUAGGAAGACCUGUUGCAGUUCAGGUGCAUCAAAUUGACUCGUUCAUUGCAAUGCUUCGCCAAAAGUUCCAGUCACAACAACGGUACUGGAUGGACUUCAAUAAGUGGGAGCACUUUGUCAAUGACGAAUGUACACGAUCGUUUCUUUCACUAGAAGUUACAAGAACUGGUUUGCCGGAGAUAAGUAAGCAGAUACUUAUGGUAGAUGAAGUAUAUCGAUUGCAUGGUCUUCCUGAGUUUUACAAGAAUCCACGGCCACAUAUUUCGUUGGUGUGGGCAUUGGGUGAUAUCAGCGGCAAACUGAAGCAGGCAAUAAAGGACAUUGAAAAAUAUCAGAGCAGUAUGAGCUCAUUACAAAAAUGUAAUGUUCGAUGCGAGUUCAGUCGUGUAGUUUGUAAAGUAGGUAAGAAGGUGCAUGAUAUCUGUGAAGUUGCAGAUUGAAACACACAUGAAUUACAAUUUAUGAAGCUUUGAGGUACUGACAUCUGUUAGUUUGGGUCAAUUCUCGUGACUGGAACAGUGAAAUACAAAGUUAUGUUCUUCAGCA